CUUCUAAUUAGGAAGGUAAUCGAUUCUACGUUUUGGAAGCUUGCGCGGGAUUAUUAAGACUCCUGAAUCACUCGUAAGUUUCUAAAGUGAUGCUUCAGGAUCAGCAUAAUUAACCUCUGCAGAUUUGGUGGGAGAGAAAGAUUUAUCUUAAAUCAUCUAGGAAGAAAAAUGUCUGUUUCCUGUCAUUUAAAGGAAUUUUCAUGGAGCAAAUCAGAAGGAUCUUUGGUUGACUUGGAUGAUGGAAGCUUUACAAGAAAUGAUUGGACAGACAAUAAGGAAAAUGAAUUGCAUCGUAAAUCACACUGGACUGGAGAAUUUAAGCAAGAUGCCCCUGGUGGAUUUAAGACAAAUCCGUUUUGGAAGGAACUGUCAGCAUCUAAUCCAUUUUUAGAUGACAUAGCUGAAUCAUGUAACAAAGAAAAAAACAAUAGACGGGUAUCUAUCUUGAAAGAAGAUCCAGAUUUAUUUUUUAGAGAUUCAAAUGGUAGGGAUUCUGCUGCUUCAUCAGGAGAUGAACUAAAUUUCGAAUAUCUCUUUUGUCGCAAACCUUCUAAAAGAUCUGCAAAAUCUAGGAGUGUUUCAGAUCUUUUGGAUAUUAUAGAUGUAAGGUGUGAAUUUUCUAAUACAGCACCACCCAAUUAUGUCCUACCUCCAGAAAGUGAAGCAUUUCAGAAUCAACGUGAGGCCUAUAAGACAGCUUGGUUGAAUCAACGACAACUGGCCCGAUCUUGCCUGGAUUUGAAUGUGAUAAAUCAGGGUCCUGGAUGGGCACAGACCCAAUCUAUAGAAACCCAUAUAGUCUGCAAAGUGAAUUAUGAAGGUGGUUCAGUGCAGCUUCCCGACGCAGAUAUUACUGUUCAUUUCCCUGAAGGUCAUGUGGCACUUGGAGAAUUCCAAGAAGUUGGCCUGCAGGCAAUCCUUGAUUCUCCACCAUCACUUAAUGAUGAGUUUUCAACCACCUUGACCCCUUUGAUUGAACUUACCUUGAGCAACCUUAAUACUACUGAAGCUAUUUUACUAGAGAUGAAAAUUGCAGCUGAAAUAAAAAAGGAUCCUUUUAGUCAGGUAAUGACUGAAAUUGUUUGUCUGUGUAGUUGCAAUAAGGAAGGGCCAUUUGAAAAAAUACACAAUUGUUACAUUUAUAAAGAUACUGUACAAGUGAAACUAACAGAUCUUAGUCACUUGAUGUAUAUUGUUGUUGUAGCUCAAACAAACACAGUUAAUUCUCUUGUAAGUGUUUGGGAAUAUAUCCACAGAAAACUUUCAGUUGGGAUUUAUGGACCAAAACAUAUCCAUCCGUCUUUCACUGUUGUGUUUGCUUUGUUCAAUCACAACUAUGUUCCUGAGAAACUAACAGUAUGUGACAUUAAAAGAGGAGGAAAGAGCUUACCCCCAGUUAUUUUCCAGCUAUGGGGGAAGCACACAUUUAUACUGGAGAAACCGCAAGACCUCAGCAUUUCUGUUGUCUCCUGUGACCCAGAUUUUGAAGUGAAGAAAGAAGAACAAAGGAAAGAAAUUAAAGAAGAAAAAUUGAAAGGAGGUGGUGGAGUAAUUCACCGACAUUUUCCAUUUUCUAUAAUCUGCAAUAGGAAAAUACAUAUUUUUGUCUUCCGUGUUCAAAUCAAAGCCCCAGAAAAUAACCUGGCAUGCCAGUUUUACAUUACAACACCUGAACCACCUCCUAAGUUAUUAAUGGGUGUAACUAACAAGCCAAACCGAAUUGAAAAACGCAAGGAAAUAAAAUCUGCACCGUUAUUAUUAUUGUCCACCAUAAAAUAUCCUAUCUUUCAAGACAAGGUUUUAAAUAUUACCCGCUAUGGUACAGCACUCAAAACAGUGUUACGCCAAAGUAAAAUUGAUUAUUUACUAGAAUAUUUUAAAGGUGAUACAAUAGGAAUACUUGGAGAAGAUAAGGUCAAAGCCAUUGGACAAACAAAAAUUAAAGAAUGGUAUGUAGGAGUUCUUAGAGGAAAAGUUGGCCUUGUACACUGCAAAAAUAUCAAAGUGAUAACUGAAAACAGAACUAUUGAUGUUGAGGAUAGUGAAAUCAUGACCAGUAGCCUCCUUGAACAGAUUGCAUUGCCUUUUAAAAAAUUGACUUAUAUCUAUUCAACAAUCUUAUCCACAGUAUCAGAGAACUUAAAUGAUUGGAAAGCUUUGGCUGAUGCUCUUCAGUUUUCAGAUUUGUCCCGGUAUGAUUUAAAUGCAUUACAAGUUGAAAAAGAGUCUGAAAAAGUAGCAUAUAUUAUGAAGAAACUGAAAGAAAUUUGCCAUACUCAGAGAAGCACCAGACGAUUCCUAUAUGAACUCUCUGUGGCACUUUUAAAGCUAGACUGUCAAGGAUUAGUAGUCCGUAUUACCCAGGAUACAGUUAUUUUUACUGCAGCGGUAAAACUUGGGAAGAACUGGAGAGAGUUGGCAGAAAAAUUAGCACGACUUACAAAACAACAAAUUGAUGCUUAUGAAACUCCUCAUCAUAAUAAAAAUGGAGAAGUUGCUCCAGAGAUGAUGUGGAAACCAGCUUAUGAUUUUCUCUAUACCUGGAGUGCUCACCAUGGAGAAAGUUACAGAGAUAUGUUGCAAGAUCUGCAUUUAGCUUUGGACAAAAUGAAAAACCCUGUGACCAAACAAUGGCGAGAAAUAACUGGAGCUCUAAUCCUAGUCAAUUGCAUGGAGGUUCUUCGGGCCAGUGCUUUCUCCAUGUUGGAUCAAGAAAAAAACUAAUUUUCAAAUUUAGAAAGAUAUUCUUUAACCAGUCUUCUUAGAAUAUCAAACAGGAAUAUUAAAACAGGAACAUUUUCACCAAGGAACAUUUGGAAUCUUUGUGAAAAUUAAUUCCUAUAAUGUAUUCCUUUAACUUGGAAAAAAAAUGAGUCAUUGAUUUUCAAGCACCACCAAUUUUACCUCAUUUUUAUUUAAAGCUAUUUAGUUAGUAAAUGUUUAUCAAAAGAACACAACUGAUGCAUGAUUUGAACAGAAUACUGAAAGAGUGCAGAAUACUGUAUUCAGGAAAGAAAAUGCAAUACUGAUGUUAAGAAGCAAGUUAUGUUGCUAGAGAAAAAAUAUUUUUUCCUAGAAAUUGAGUCAUAGAGCUCUAUUGUCAAUUCAAUCAAUUAUACAUAUAUUCAUGUAUAUAUGUUGUUCUAUGAUAGACUUUCCAGAUAUGUUUAUAGUUCUAUAUAAAUAUAGUUAAGACUGCCAGUUCCCAGGAUUCCCAGUUCCCAUAAUCAACCGCAUAAAAAAGUGUUUCUCAGCCUUGGCAAAUUUAAGUUGUGUGGAUUUGAACUUUCAGCCUUGCUAGCUGGGGAAUUCUGAGAGUUCAAGUCUUUAUAUCUUAAAAGUUGUCAACUUUAAGAAACUCGGCUAUAGAACCAGUGAGCUUGGAAACAAAUUUGGGAAAGCUGCUUUAUGAUAAUCACACUACUUCAUUGUAUGUAUCAAUUGAAUAUAUUCCCUUGAACAUAGUAUGAACUUGGCUAUUAAUUUCCAAUAAAAGUUAGGCACUGAGCCAUGUAUCUCUAUAAACUGACUCAUGAUUUUCUUAAUGGGAGCUAAGCAUGAGAUAUUCAAAGACUAUAUAAAUUCAAGGAAGCCUUCACUAAUUCAACUACUUGUUAUCUGACUGUACAACAGGGAACUCCUGUAAUUGUGUACAGGUUUGUCUUGAUUUAGAGCAUUUAAUGAUACUUGUCUUUCCUUUCAACCUUCAUGUGGGCUUUUUUGGGAGUGGCAGUUCAUUCUUAGCAAAUUAGAAACAUAUCAUCAUAUCUGUGUGGUUGUCCCAUCUGCUUUUUAGCUAUACGACAUUAUCAGUACUGUGUAAUAUUGAUCAUAUUUCUAAGUAAUUGUUUCUUUUUCUUGUUUGUGGGUAGGAUGAUUCUUAUAAUGAAAGCUGCUUAUUCGCAGAGGAAUCAUGACAUAAAUGCUUGCUUUUUUCAUUUGAAACAUAGAAAUUCCAAAAUUCAUAUUGUAUACUAUUUUUUCAUAGUUUUGAUUAAUUAAUGAAAAUAUAUUGUUACAAAAAAGUUUGAAUUAAUUCCUUGUUUCCAAACUAGCUAUUCUUUCAAAAAGGCUUUUUAUAUGUUAUGAUUUACUCUUGUGUUCAGUAUUUUUUAGUUAUGCUUGAAUCUUAAAUUCAAGUGAAAUCAAAAAGAUGAAUACCCAUUAACUUAUCAACGGUUGUUACAUUAGUCACUAUUUUUUCUUUCAUAUUUAAAAAUUACAUAGUAAAAUAGUAGUUAGAGACUGAAUUUGCCUGCCAUUUCAACUAAUAUUUACCAAAUUGUGGCUACUAUUGACAAUGUUAAGGCCAAAUGCUUCUUAAGAAAGAGGUUUCUUUUGGAAUUCAUAGGGCCCUUCAUUAAUUGCCUCUAUUAGCUUUUUUUUAUGGGAACUAUUCUAAAAUAAAUGGAAAACAAAUCUGAAAUUUCAAUGUAUAAAUGACAAUCUUACCUCACUUAACAUUUUAUUAAAAAGAAUACUGCCAUUAAUGUGCUAAUUAUGCUGUAGUACUUCUAGUCAUUUUUAAUGUUACAAACGGGGGCUUGAAUUCAGCUUGGUGAAUUAUUGGACGUAUCCAUGAGUGGAUUCUACACUGUGGAAAUGAUUUUCUACUACAUUUCCUACUAAAUAGUGCUUGACCCUAUUUAGUUUCUUAACUUGAUAUGGUCAAUCAGAUUCUGUCAUCUGCUGCAGUAACAGAUCUAUCUGUAUGCUAGUUUAUAGCAGCACAAGAUUGAACCCUGUAUUUAUCUUUUUGUUGAUUCAGUUGAUAUAACAUAGUUAAUAAUAGUUAAGUUAAAAAUUUCUUUGUUGUAUUUACAUAAUUAAACUUGGUUAGAGCUUGGGGAUGGGUUGGUGCCUUUAAGUCAGUGCUGACUCCUAGCGAUUCCUUGGACCAGUCCCUACAGUUUUCUAGACAAAAUGUUGGAAAUGAUUUGCCAUUGCUUAUUUUGGUUUUAAUCUUAGUUUUUUUUUAUUGCACAAACUCAGAUGUUUCUUUAAAAAUGCAGUGUAUUAUGAGUAUCCAGAAAAAGAAUUGAUUUGGAAUUAAGGUAAGCAUGUUGUAUGAAUCCAAUCGUUAAAAAAUAAAGGGAAAAUUUGAAAAAUGAUGGAAUAAAAUGUAACAAUAGGAUUUUUUCUUUGCUAUAUCCAUUUCAAGUUUUCCAUAAUUGCUUACUAUAGUCUCAACUAACAAAGCACUUUGAGACUUAAAAUGGUUUGAAUCUUUCAGAAAUAUCAGGCUAUAAUUCUAAAUGGAAUGGUUUUUUUAAAUGAAGCUUAUUUUGUAUUUCUGGAUUUUUAAAAACUAAUUUGUAUGACUUUGUAAUAUAUUUACAGAAUAUACUUUAAGUCAGAGGCUGAAAUUCUUAAAGUAAUAUGGAAUUAUUUCUAAUUUUGUUGUGCAAGUGUAUGGGUAACUUAAGCAUUAUUAGGUAUUGUUAUAUUAAUACAUGCACAAAGAAUAGCAAUAACAUUCAUUGUAAAGUUAAUAUAUGUACAAAGGGGGACAAUCAUAAUUUGCUUAGCAUUUUACAUAUUUCAAAUAGUAUUACAUAUUUCAAAUAGUUUCACUGUAGUGUUCAUAUUCUAUAUAAAAGAUUUGGAUGAUGGUUAAAGAUCUUGUUGAGAAACACCUAAUUUGGUGAUGAAAUAUUAUUGGAAAUAAAUAACCAAAGCAUUAUAUUUAUCUAGAUUAAUUAAAGAGAUUCUUCCAUUUGUUAAUGUAUUACAACUGCUAAUAUGAGCAACACAUGAUUGUGUUAAUUGCUUCUGUGAGGAAUUCCAAUUAUAAUAUUUCAAAUUCUGGAUGAGAUAAAGAUUGCACUGAAGUGUAUCUCAAGCUGGGGAAAGAAAAGUGAACGAUCCUUUCUGAAGGAAUAGCUGAUUAAACAAAGAUACAGUGUUUGAAAUGUAUGCUAAUUGUUCUUAGUUAAUUGUUUUUUUAAAGUUUGUUUAUUUUAAUUGCAUCGAUUUGGUCCAUACUGAUUUUCAGUAUGUUGAUACUAUAAAUAGCAUCCUUUCUACUGUAUUUUUCUUCAGUUUCUCUUGUGUUGAAAUAUCACUAUAGGCUGCAUACCAGUGCCUGUGUUGAAUGCAAGGGGCUUUCUUCAUCGUAAAUAUGCAUCUGGUUAGACUGAUAAUGAUACACUGUUGUUGAAGUUAUAUUAAUGCAGAACAGGUUUGCUAUUUUUCUGAAACUUGUGCAUAGCAUAGCAAGCCAAUUAUUCACACUGGGCAGGAAGAACAAGUAAAUAUAUAGAAGUCCCAGUUCAAGAGAUUACACCAUUCUAAGCACAAAGAUUAUGUUAAAAAGAUAUUGGGCUCAAAUAGCAAACUUCAGGAGAAUAAAUGUCAUAUGAACUAGGAAAAAUAUUUUCCCCCUUCAUCUUGUAUAACAUAAAAAUGGAAACAAAAAAACCCCUCUUUGUCUUUGACAGUUGUCUAUCUAGAUUUGAUUAACAGCAACCUGAUAAUGCAUGAUAGAGUUGGGGAUUAACAACUGAAAUACUGAAGUAACUCGUCACCAUGGGUUGAGAUCUUAACAGCUCUACAUCUCUCUACAUAUGGCAAUCCGAGUGAUGCCUUUCUCUGCCCUUGUGAUGCCCGGAGGCUGUAGGGAUCUAAACAAGGGACCAUAGACUUAGACUGAAUCCUGGCAAGACUGGGUGCAUUGAGCCUCAUGAUUUGAGUGUUUGCCAUCCCUAGUUGGACAGGGUUGCUCUAUCUCAUGAAGUUCGCAACCUAAUGGUUCUCCUGGACUCACAUAUGUUUCUCAAAGUGCAGAUGGCAGUCAUGACCAGGAGAGAUUAUACACAGCUCUGGUUUGUGCACAAGUUCCAACCAUUCCUGGAUCAUGACUUCCUGCACUCAGUUACUCAAGCCCUUCUUAUCUCUCACCUGGAUUGUUGCAAUGCACUCCACAUGGGGCUACCCUUGAAGUUCAUUCAGAAGCUUCAGCGUAUGCAAAAUGAAAGCAGUUUUUGGAACCCCUAGGAUGGCCCAUAUCAUGAACUUUACUGGCUAUGGAUCUACUUCUAGUGUAGUUCAAGAUGUUGGUUAUGACCUUUAAAGCCCUUAAUAACAUAGGUCCAGGCUAUCUGAUGAAUCACCUCGUCCUGCCAGGACAAUCCCAUCCUACUCAUGCUAACAGAAAGGGCCUACUUUGGAUCUAUCAGUCAAAGAACUCCAACUAUCAACUUCCAAAAAAAGGAGCCUUCUCUGCUGCUGUGCCUGCCCUUUGGAACACCUUACCUUGUAAAGUAAGAUCUGCCCCUAGUUCCUAUACUUCUGCAAGAUUCUGAAGACCUGGCUCUGCCGAUUUCCUGACAACCAAAUGGAAUUCCUCACCAGAGGUAGCUGCAAGAUAGAUGGCAGACGCCAUUUUCCAUCCUUGUUUGCUGUCCACCCAUCCAUAUUUUUUUUGUUAUCAUAUUGAUGUAUUCUAAUUGUGUUUCUUUUUCAAUGUUUAGUUUAUGGUUAUAUUAUUUUACUUCUGUUCACACUCCUUUCAUUUUCUUCCUUUUUAUUAUUGUAAGCUGCCUAGAGUAGCCCCAUGGUAAAAUAGGCACUAUAUUUAACAAAAUAAAUAAACUUAAAUAAAAUUUACUCAACUGUG